AUGCCAGAACGAAAAAUAGAAUGUCGUCGUCUUAAUAUAAUACAUAUUGGCUUGGUACCUCAAUUGUACUCAGUUGCUUUUGUAACGUCUUCGUGUAAACUACAAAAUGAUCGACCAAACUUCGGAGGGCAAAAGUCUUGCGGCUACCUACUGCAUACUCCUACUAUUGCUCGUGGCACUAUAUAUGUUGUAUUCAGUAUUUUAAAAGCCGUGUGGUCGGGACAACUUAAGAGACCAAUGAGGCAGGCGGAUAGUCAAAAAAUGUAA